AUGAUACUUCUUAAUUUAUUAGAUUUUAAAAAUCGCAUAAUUAUGAUUAUUUAUAUAAAUAUGUAUAAAUAUACAUAUCUUUAUAUCUAUUAUAUAGAUAUUCUCUUUAUAUAA